AUGGCAUAUUUACUUCGUCUACUUCGUCUUCGUUAUUUAAUCUUUGGCACAGCUGUUGGUGGUGGUUAUGCAGCUCAUAAAAAAUAUAAAGAUAUUAAAGAAGCUUUACCAGAUUUAUCAUGGAUGAAAGAAUAUAUGCCAGAAGAAAGUGUUGAUGCUUUAACGAAACGUUUAUCUGAUUUAGCUAAUUCUGUUUCACUACCUGAUACUACGAAUUUACAAGAUCGUGUCAAACAAUUACAAGAAAAAUUUGCAAAUUAUCUUUCAACAAUAUCUUCAAGUAAUACACCGGAUGAUAAGAAUAUAAAUGAACAACAACAAACAUCGGGAGAACAUCAACAUCAAGAAAAAAUUCAUCAAGAAAUGAUGACUAUACAAAUAAAUUAUCAACGUGAAAUUGAUCGAUUAGAAAAAGAAAUAAAAACAAUGAAAAAACAAAUUUUAUUACGACAAGAAAGAAAUCUUAAUGGAAAAAAACAACGAAAAAUAAAGAGAUCACUUAUUGAUAUGUAUAGUGAUGUUCUGGAUGAAUUAAGUGAAUAUGAUACAAAUUAUAAUAUUCAAGAUCAUUUACCUCGAGUUGUUGUUAUUGGUGAUCAAAGUUCUGGUAAAACAAGUGUACUGGAAAUGAUAACACAAGCACGAAUAUUUCCUCGGGGUGCUGGUGAAAUGAUGACACGUAGUCCAGUAAAAGUCACUUUAAGUGAAGGUCCUUAUCAUGUUGCAACAUUUAAAGAUAGUACUAAAGAAUAUGAUUUAACAAAAGAAGCAGAUUUAGCUGCUCUUCGAAAAGAAAUUGAACUUCGUAUGCGUGCAUCAGUCAAAGAAGGUCAAACAAUUAGUAAUGAAGUUAUUUCAUUAUCAGUCAAAGGUCCUGGUCUUCAACGUAUGGUACUAGUUGAUUUACCUGGCAUUAUUAGUACGGAAACAAUUGGCAUGGCAUCGGAUACAAAAAAUUCUAUUGCUCGUUUAGCAAAUAGUUAUAUGUCAAAUCCGAAUGCAAUUAUUCUUUGUAUUCAAGAUGGAAGUGUUGAUGCUGAACGUAGUAAUGUAACAGAACUUGUUUCAAAAAUGGAUCCACAUGGUAAACGAACUAUAUUUGUUCUAACAAAAGUCGAUAUGGCUGAAGCAAAUCUACAUGAUACUGAUCGAAUCAAAAGAAUUCUUGAAGGCAAAUUAUUUCCAAUGAAAGCUUUAGGCUAUUUUGCAGUUGUUACUGGCAAAGGAAAUGCUGAUGACCCAAUAGAAACAAUACAAAAAUAUGAAGAAGAUUUUUUUCAUAAUUCAAAAUUAUUUCGUGAUGGUAUUUUUAAAGCUAAUCAAACAACAACACGUAAUUUAAGUUUUGCUGUUAGUGAUUGUUUCUGGAAAAUGGUUAAAGAAAGUGUUGAACAACAAACUGAUACAUUUAAAGCAACAAAAUUUAAUUUAGAAACAGAAUGGAAAAAUAGUUUUCCAAAAAUACGUGAACAAGAUCGAGAUGAAUUAUUUGAAAAAGCACGUGGUGAAAUACUUGAUGAAGUUGUUAAUCUUAGUUUAAUACCAAGUCAACAAUGGGAAGAUAAUUUAUCAAAAUAUUUAUGGACAACAAUGUCGAAUUUUAUUUUCGAUGAUGUAUUUUUAACAGCUGCACAAGCUGAAUCUAUUGGUGAUUUUAAUACAACAGUUGAUGUUAAAUUACAACAAUGGACUGAAAAAGUAUUACCACGUCAAUGUAUUGAUAUUGGUCAUCUUGUUUUAUUAGAUGAAUUUCAAAAUUUAAUUGAACGUGAACAAAAAAGUCGUUCAUAUGAUCCAAUAACACAUGAUUUAAAAAUGCAAGUUGUUCAAGAAUGUCGUACAAGACAUCAAUGGGAUGUUAAAGCACUUGAUUCACUUAGAGUUAUUCAAACACAAGCAUUACAAGAUCGUAAUGUAACAGAUAAACAACAAUGGGAAUCAGCUGCACAAUUUAUGGAAAAUGUUAUACGACAAGAAUUAGAACAACAACAAGUAGAAUUAAGUUCAAAUAAAAAUCAAAGUUCAUGGCGUAAAUUUAUUGGUCUUCAACAAUUAACAAUAGAAGAAAAAUAUCGACAACAAUGUGUUAAAGAAUUAGAAAAAAUCUUAAGUACUAGACAACAAUUUGAUCAAACAACGAAAAAUAAUUAUAGAUUACGUUCUACUCUUGACUAUGAUGAAUUAACAACUGUAAAGAAAAAUCUUCAAGCACAAAAAAUUGAUGUAUCUAAUGAUUUUAUAACUGAUAUAUGGCAACGUGUAUAUAAAAUUCAUUUUCUUAAACGAAAUUUAUCGACAUGUCUUGAUUGUCGUCGAUUUUUUUAUUAUUAUCAAAAAGGUUUUUCAGAUCAAGGUCUUGAUUGUCAUGAAGUUGUAUUUUUUUGGCGUUUAAAACGUAUGAUUGAAAUAACAAGUAAUGCUAUUCGACAACAAAUAUCAAAUAUUGAAACUCGUCGACUUGAACGAGAAGUCAAAGAAAUUUUAGAUGAUUGUAGUAGUGAUGAAACACUUAAAGCAAGUCUUCUUAAAGGAAAACGGGUUGAUUUAGCUGAAGAACUUAAACGUGUUCGCCAAGUUCAAGAAAAAUUAGAAGAAUUUAUUGAAGCAUUAAAUACAGAAAACUAA